AUGGCCGUGUUCAUGAAGACAAAAACCUUGGAAGAAAGACAACUCGAUCAGAGGUGCUUAGAUGAUCCUUUGCAUGCAACUCAAGAUGCUAUUUAUGUUGAUGGGCCAAAUUCAAAACGAAAAAGGAGACAAAAUGAUGAUGAGUACGAGGAUUUGCAGCCACCAAACAAAUAUUCUACAACAGAAAAGAAUGAAUGGGAAACGAUACAGAAUGACAAUGCACAACAACCAAAAAAACAUUCUAGUGAAUAUAAGAGAAAGGAAGCUAAUGCCUGUGAUUACAAUGUGCCGCAAGCCUACAGAGCUUCUACUGAAGCAUACAAUAUCAAAAAUAAACAUUUUAAAGAUGACGUUAGGAUCGACAAAAACAAGCAUACUAAUGCAGCCAAGGUUGCAGACCUGGAAACAUCUUCAUAUUGCUCAAAUCAUGAAGGUUCUCAAUACCAGCGACCGUACGGUGACCCUCAAAGUCAAGAUUUUAGCAUGGUUGAGCAGCAAAAUAAUACGAUGAGGAGACAAAAUGAUGAUGAGUACGAGGAUUUGCAGCCACCAAACAAAUAUUCUACAAGAGACAAGAAUGAAUGGGGAAUGAUACAGAAUGACAAUGCACAACAACCAAAAAAAUAUUCUAGUGCAUAUAAGACCAAACAUAAACAUUUUCAAGAUGAUGUUAGGAUCAACAAAAACAAGCAUACUAAUGCAGCCAAGGUUGCAGGCCUGGAAACAUCUUCAUAUUGCUCAAAUCAUGAAGGUUCUCAAAAUCAGAGCAAAAAUAUCUCAAAAGGAGCUUGUGCAGCCAUGCGUGCUAAUGUAUAAGAAACUUCUUCUAAACUUCAUGAUAUUUAUUUCCUUUUUUCAAAGAAUUCUCUUAGCUACAGACUGAUGUUCCAUAUAAUUUUUUUUAUAGAAACAACAGCAUGGUACAGGCAGUAGGUUAGUGACCAGCUCAAUGAUGGUAUAAGAGUGUUUAUGUUCAUUAGCAAUUUAUUUUUACAAAUGGUUAACUUUCUGUUGUUUGAUUAUUUUGCUCAAACACUUCCAUAUAUGCACUAGGCUGACACUACAGUAUUUUUGAAGAGCUGGAAAAGUCAAAAUAAGAAAGUAGCUGUUGCUACAGUAGUAAGUUGUGAUCCAACACAAACUUGAUGGUGUCCCAAUAGGAAAUGAAUUUUGGAUAGUGCGUGUCAAUGUUGUAAUUGCUGCAGACGAAGCAUUGAUACGGCCAUACAAAACCUACAAAUUUGUCGGUGAUGCAGAUGGAGCUAAUAUUGCUUGGCCUUCAACAUUUGUUGAAAAGAUAAAUUGGUGAUGGUUUCAAUGACAUGCUUGAUGGAGGAUGGACAGUGGUGGUGGCAUUUGCAAAAUACUAUUCCUUGUGUUUAAUAUUUGUUUCAAUAGGAAAUGAUGUUUAGAUCAAACUUCUAUCAUGAAUCAUGUGGAUGGUAUUCAAUGUAAUGCAACAAUUCCAUUUCAAUAUAUCAGUG